UAAAUGUUAUUUUACAAAAUUAAUAGUUUAUAUAUUAAAUUAAUAUAUUUUAUAUAAACAAUUUAAAUGUGUGAAUUUAAAUGUGUAAAUUAGAAGACUUUCCCUUCUCCUGAAAAUUAUUACGUUACAAAACCUAUAAAGUGCUCUGUUAAAGGAAAUUUGUUUUUAAUUUUUUUCCAACAAUAAUGGAGCUGAAAACGGAGAGGGAACCAGCGGCAGAGCAGCUGAAUAUUUAUAAAGACACUGUUAAGAUAACUCCACUUCUCCUAACUGGAAAUGGACAGCCAAUCGCAAACAAAAACGAUACUUUAACUGCAGGCAGAUUUGGGCCAACGCUUUUAGAAGAUGCAGUUUUAUUAGAUGAAAUGUCUCAUUUUGACAGAGAGAGAAUACCUGAACGUGUUGUUCACGCCAAAGGAGCUGGAGCAUUUGGAUAUUUCGAAGUUACUCAUGAUAUAACAAGAUAUACAAAAGCAAAACUUUUUUCCCACAUUCUAAAAAGAACGCCAAUUGCCGUAAGAUUUUCUCAAGUUGGCGGAGAAAGUGGUUCAGCAGAUACUGUUAGAGAUCCCCGAGGAUUUGCCAUAAAAUUUUAUACUGAAGAGGGCAUUUGGGAUCUUGUUGGCAAUAACACUCCAAUAUUCUUCAUUAAGGAUCCAUUACUUUUUCCAAGUUUCAUUCACACUCAGAAAAGAAAUCCAGUCACUCAUUUAAGGGAUGCCGAUAUGUUUUGGGAUUUUUUAUCUCUUCGUCCUGAAUCAACACAUCAAGUAAUGUUCCUUUUCAGUGAUCGAGGAAUUCCUGAUGGUUAUCGUCACAUGCAUGGCUAUGGCUCACAUACAUUUAAACUUAUCAAUGCACAAAAUGAAUUUGUGUACUGCAAAUUUCACUACAAGACCGACCAGGGAAUAAAAAAUAUUCCAGUAAACAGAGCAGCUGAAUUAAGUGGUACUGAUCCUGAUUAUUCACUUCGAGAUUUGUACAAUUCAAUUGCAAGAAAAGAUAUUCCAAGUUGGACACUUUAUAUUCAGGUAAUGACUCCUGAAGAAGCUCAAGUUUUCAAAUGGAAUAUUUUUGAUGUCACAAAGACUUGGCCUCACAAAGAUUUCCCCCUGAUGCCUGUGGGAAAAAUAGUGUUGGACAAAAAUCCAGAAAAUUAUUUUGCUGACGUAGAGCAAAUAGCAUUUAACGUGGCACACAUAGUACCUGGAAUAGCGCCGACUCCAGAUAAAAUGCUUCAAGGCCGAUUAUUUGCUUAUGGAGACACUCAAAGACACCGUCUUGGUCCCAAUCAUCUUCAACUUCCCGUCAACUGUCCAUAUAAGAUAUUAUCAACAAUAAACUACCAAAGAGAUGGAUUCAUGACAAUUUCCCAUCAAGGAGGAGCUCCAAAUUAUUUUCCAAACAGCUUCAAAGGACCUAUAGAGAAUCCUUCUGUAAAAGAUCCACCAUAUCCGGUUUCUGGAGAAGUUGAUCGAUUUACUCCUGUAAACGAAGAUAAUUUUGGCCAAGUAACUAUAUUUUGGAGAAAUGUUCUCAAACCUAAUGAAAAAUCACGACUUAUUGAUAAUUUAGUCAAUAGUUUAAAAAAUGCUUCACCCUUUAUAAUCCAACGAGCAAUUUCAAAUUUCAGUCAAGUUGAUGAAGAACUUGGCAAAAAAUUACUUCAAAGUCUGCAAAAUUUAGGGAAAUCUAUUCCAUAAGUAUUCUUUUCUUCUAAUUACAAUAUAAUUUUUUUAUUGUAUUUACUGUAAAAAUACAAGUUCUUGUUCUAUAAGUAUUAAAAUAUAUAAAUAAUUUCCAAAGUUAAUAUUUAUAUUAUAACAAUGAUCUGAAUAAAUGAAGACAACGAAGCGAAAUUACUAAUGCUGCUGAUCUUUAGUAAAACCAAAGUUUACCUAUAUUUUAAUAAAAAGAAAUAAACUUGAUAUGUUUAAAAAUUCAAUCUUUUUAAUUAUGCAAUCUUUGUAUUAUACAUUUAGAUGGAUGACGAUAGAUUCAUGAAAACUUUUUAUAAUUAUGAAAUAAAGUCAAUAAUUCGAUAUUUUACAAAUAAACCUAAAUCACUCUUGAGUCGAUAAAUGAAGGAACAUUAUUAUUUACAAUUAUUGGUAUACCUUCUUUAAGUAAAUGUACAAUUUCUCACAAAAAUAAAUAUUUCUAAAUAUACGUAAGUAAAAUUUGAUUUUUUUUCUUUUGACAUUCUGUGUUGUGAUUAUGUUUCCUAAAAUUAUUUCUUACUCAAGUUUCAUUCAUAUUAUUUUUCUAAUUUCAAGCACUAUUUUUUACAUAAGAUUUGAGCCAACUUUAAGCGCAUCUUUAAUUCUGAUAAAAAUACAAUUUUUUCAUUAAAAUAUAUUUGUUUAAAUAAUAAUUGAAAAAUAAUUCGAAUCGAAUUAAUUUGAAUUUCAAAGUUUCGAUUUUUUAAUUCAAUUCAGUCAAUUAAUUUUCUAUUUGAUUUGAAAAAAAACCUCAACUUUUUGGAUAUUGCUGUUUCAGGGUGUCUACUAAUUUUCGUUCAAGAAAACUCCCGGCUUUGUCCUAAUUUUUUCCGGUUUUUUUUCUCAUCAAAUUUAAAUUUAUUUGAUUUCGAACAUAAAUAAAUCUAAAAAUGGCUUCCAAAAUUUUUAUUAGAUUCUUUAAAUUUUUUAAA